AGCCUGGCGGACGGCCUGGGCACCUCCCGGCUGUGCCCGGCGCGGAGUCCACUGGCAGGCUCAAAGGUCCGGGAAUCCAAGGCGUACGAAGGGCCUGAGCUGGCCUGGGGGCCUGGGGAGGGACAGAGGCCCAGCCUGGGCAAAGGGGAAGCCACAGGGCCAGGAAGAGGGCAGGCAGCCCCAAUGGCCUGGGCGUGCACUCCACAGGCUCCUUAACGCGGGGAGGUGGCCCCAGUGCCCUUGGGUAGGUUUGGGCAGCAUUUGCAGCCUCUGGGUUUCCCCAGGGGCAGCUCCAGGGUGGGUGCUGGGCAGGGUGGUGCCCUGGUCUGGCACUGAAGCUUCUGUCUGGGUUGGCUCCUGACUCCAGCCGUAGAGGCUCCGGAAAUCCUACAAGGGCAGGGUCUGCAAGGACACUCCCUUGCCCAAUGGAGGGGACAGUGAAUGGGAGGCCUGUGGCCCCAGCUCACGGCAGCAUCAGUCAAGUCAGCUCAUCCUGCUGGCCAGUGCCAGGGAGUGGGUGGGCCCAGCUUGGCAGAUGAGUUUAUCCUUCUUUGGGGCUGUUCAGAGGGCAUCAGUUCCCUGGGGGAGGUGGGAAGCCCAGGCUUGCCUAGCUGGACCACAUUCCCAAGGGCCCGGCAGGUAACAGAGGCUCCUCUGAAGACCCUGGUCUCACUUUGAACAGUCUGGUGGCACCACUCACUUCUUUGCAGCUACUCUGUUCCCACAGAGUUGCCCUCCCCCAAGCUGGAGGAAGUACCUUGUGCUUGUGUGGUUGGUUUUGGGGACAGGAAGCAACCUCUAGUGGGACUUAGCCCUGAUGGUGGAGGAGGGGGGGAGGAGGAAAUGCUGACAUCUCCUUCCACCUGCCAGCCCCUACCUUCCAGUUCCCCAGCAAGCCCCUCUUUGGCACCCUGACAGCCUGCUUCAAGGGAGCCCCUCUGCUGAGCACAGUGAAGGGGAACUCAGAGUUGUCGCUUGCUUCCCAGGGUGGGGAGAAGUGGAACUGAAGAGGGAGGGAGGGAGUUGGUCAUUUCCUCUACCCCCACUCCCAGCCCCAUAGACUGGCUGCUCCAUAGACUUGUCAUCCCCUCUCCUCCCUUUUGCCUCUGUCCUUCCCCCUUACUCUAUCCUUGGGGGACGGGUAUGCUCUACCUCUCCAUCUUCUCUUCCUCAGGUAUGGCGCUGACUGUGGAUGUCGUGGGGCCAGCACCCUGGGGCUUCCGUAUCACCGGGGGCAGGGAUUUCCACACACCCAUCAUGGUGACCAAGGUAGUGGAGCGGGGCAGGGCUGAGGCUGCUGACGUCAGGCCUGGCGACAUCAUCAUGGCCAUCAAUGGGGAGAACGCACAGGGCAUGCUUCAUGCGGAGGCUCAGAGCAAGAUCCGCCAGAGCCCCUCGCCCCUGCGGCUGCAGCUGGACCGGUCCCGGGCGGCCUCUCCUGGGCAGACCAACGGGGAAAGCUGCAUGGAGGUGCUGGCCACGCGUUUCCAGGGCUCAGUGAGGACACACACUGACAGCCAGUCCUCCCUUCGGUCCUCUUGUUCCAGCCCAGCUUCCCUCAGCCCCAGGCCAUGCAGCCCCUUCUUCACUCAGCCCCCCACCAGCCCGCAUGCCCUUCCUGGAGAGGCUGUGGUCAGCAGAAAUUUCCAGAGCCUGGCACACACCCCGGGACUCACUGCUGCUGACCGCCUGUCCUAUGGAGGCCACGCAGGAAGCCGACAGGCUGGCUGGGGCCUUGCUGGCGACUCAGCUGUGCUGGUGCUGCCGCUUUCCCCGGGGCCCAGUUCCUCCAGCUCCAGACUCAGUGUGGACUCGGAAAGGGGAAGCCACCUCCUGGGAGAGGACUCAGAAGUCUUCAAGAUGCUGCAGGAAAAUCGUGAGGGACGGGUGGCCCCUCGGCAGUCCAGCUCCUUUAGACUCUUGCAGGAAGCCCUGGAGGCCGAGGAGAGAGGGCCAGGGAUUGAACCUGCAGGUGGCACACCUGCCUUCCUGCCCAGCUCGCUGAGCCCGCAGUCCUCUCUGCCCACCUCCAGAGCCCUGGCCACCCCACCCAAGCUCCACACGUGUGAGAAGUGCAGCACCAGCAUUGCGAACCAGGCCGUGCGCAUCCAGGAGGGGCGGUACCGCCACCCUGGCUGCUACACCUGUGCAGACUGUGGGCUGAACCUGAAGAUGCGUGGGCACUUUUGGGUGGGGGAUGAGCUGUACUGCGAGAAGCAUGCCCGCCAGCGAUAUUCAGCGCCCCAAACCCUCAACUUCCAGGCCUGAGCGCGGGCUGUGCUCAGCCUGCCCGUGACUCUGCGAGCACCCCCUUGCCAGGGCCAUGCCGAUAGCAAGUUGGCAUGGAAGGGGAUGGUGGGUGAUGGGGCCUCUUCCUCCUCGCUAGGUGAGGCCAGAGGCUGGAGUCUGUCUUGGCUGUAGGUGAGGGCAGCCUCACCUCCUCAGGCCUUUGGUAGAUACUUCCCCCUGUUAGACAGGCUGCACCAAAGUCUGAGGUGGACUUCGCAUCAGACAUCUUUGAGCAACAGGGGUUAAGUAGGUGCGGCCAUGGACAUUAGUAUCUAGGAGAGGGGCGGGCCAGAGGCUAAGGUAUUCACUGUGUAAAGUUUCUGACUUGUGAGCUCAAUAAAAAAUAUAUAUAUAUAUAUAUAUAUACACACACACACACACACAUACACAAAAUAAAGUAGCUGCCGUUCUUUCCUGUCCUUUCCUGCCCUGGCUCCCUCCUACCACUGGGUGGAGAGGCUUUAUUCACAUAUUUUCUUCCCUCUUAUUUCCCCUCCUGCAACCCCUCUCCCUACCAGCUAAUGAAGACGCUUGUUUCUUUUUGCUGAGGGUCCUGCUCUUCCUGGACCCUUUUGUAAAGAUGCCUAUUUUACUGGGAUGAUCCCUGGUAGUUCACAGGAAUGAGUUUCUCAGUGGGAGCCUGGGGAGGGGAAGGGAUGGUGGAGGGUGGGCAGCAGAGAUACAGGAGGCCACCCCAGGCCCAUUCAUCCCAAUGACUGUCCCCUACUCUGCCACCACUGGCUGGGCUGGCACUCUCUGUGCCCUUAGCUCCACUUGGUGUGGAUGCUACCAGUCCUGCUGAUGAACCCAGAAGGUGGGCAGAGAGAGGCAAUAUACAAAGUACCCCCUGCAUUCUCUGAGGCUGUCUGCACCCCUUUGAGAAACAAUCACCAGAAUCACUCUCGGCUGCAAGUUAGCCUUGCCUGGAGGGGGACAACCCAGAAGAGCCCCCACUCUGAGGGACCAUCACCCACCAAGGGCCUCUCCUCCAAGCCAGGGUUGGUCUCCCUGCCCCUUUCCCUGGGAGACCCUGCUGGCUUCAUUGGUGGUUGAUUUUAGGGGGGAUAUAUAUAAUGCUAGCAUGCCUGCCCCGGAGGUGCAUGUUUGCACUGAGGCAGGGGGUGGUGAAUCAAGCCAAAAAUCUGGAUUGGACCACUGCCCUCCCCCCCUUCUAAUCCCAAAGGACAUUUCAGAAAUGGGCAUGGGCACUGCUGGGUGCUCCAGACUCACCCUGCCCCCAAGUCAGCUGGAGGAAUGGGCAGCAGCUACA